AACGGUCACACUAAAUACUGAAUUUUAAAAUAAUAAACGAUACGACGCCGUGAAAUUCCAGUGUAGAAACGUGAAUAAUUAGAUAAAAAACCUAAGAGUGCGUACAUUUAGAGUAACAGUUGACAUUUGAAAUGAUGGGAGUGUGACUUAAAGAUACUUAUAUGCAUGUGCAAGCGAGCUAGCUCCUAGAUUUAUACCCGAAAUAUACAUCACAUAGAGAAUAAUGUUUGGCAUAGGUGUACGAAUAUCGUGAAAUGUGAACAUUUCGCUCUGCAUGUUUUGGAUAAUUUUGGAUGGCUGAGCAUGUCCAUGGACAGAUCCUCAAUUAAUUGCAACCUAGAGGUAAUCAAGAGCACAAUUGGGGUUAAUCCGCAUUCGAAUUCCAACCCGAAUCCGAAUUCGAAUCCAAGCGAACAAUUCGAUUUCGAUCGCACCGAAAAUGAUGCGACGCACCCAAUAUUACGAGGCGAUCACCGACACCAGGGUGAACUGGUCCAAUGUUUGACGUGCCGCAUGCAAUUCAAGAGCUUCUCCUUCAGCGACAUAUGUGCUCACUACAUUUUCACGCACAGCAAUCGGAACAAUUGCGAUUUUAGCAAUCACCUGUACAAGUGUCUCUACUGCAAGCGCGACGUUCACUAUUUCCUGCGAGCGGAGAAGUCCGAUCCCGAGAUCUAUCACUUUUGCUCACCGCGGAAACAAAGUUAACCGAUCUAUACCUUAUACACCAUAACCAUAUACG